UUAUAUGUUGAUGUUUUAGUUGUAAUAAUGAAAAACUACAAGGUCUCAAGAGAAAAUAAUAAUUUCCGAACAAGUCCCUUCCAGUCGUGGACUCUUUGAACUCCAAGUUUUUGAUAUUUUUUGAACACAGAUCUGUGAAUUUUCAGGGGUUUCUUCUUCCAAAAAUCCGAUGAAUCAGAAACCUCCGCCGUACGGUUAUGGCGGCGCUGGUGGUGGAGGUAUCGGACCAUCUUCCUCCUCCAACACCACAAUCAUCGGGACGUUGAGUGCACGCGCCAAGCAGACGACUCACUCGAUGAUCUCCACGCUCCGUCCAUGGCGAGAGCUUCUCGAACUCUCCGCGCUCUGUCUCCCUCACGGAUACGAUGAAGCCAUGGCGCGCUUAAGGCACAACACCUCUUAUUUCCGUGGAAACUACGCGCUCGCCGUCCUCGUCAUUGUCUUCCUCGGCCUGGUUUACCACCCGAUCUCUAUGAUCGCAUUCAUCGUCGUCUUCAUCGGGUGGAUUCUGCUCUAUUUCUCGCGAGACGCCAACGAUUCGAUUGUGAUAUCUGGGAAAGAAGUGGAUGACCGGAUCGUGCUGGUUGUACUCAGCUUGGUAACGAUUCUGGCGUUGGUGUAUACAGAUGUAGGCGAAAACGUGCUGGUUUCGCUCAUCAUUGGUUUGCUCAUCGUCGGAGCUCACGGCGCUUUUCGUACUACCGAUGAUUUGUUUCUUGACGAAGAAUCUGCCCGCCAGGGUGGCCUUGUAUCCGGUCCAAACCGGCCACCGUCAAGUUAUACCGCAGUUUGAGUAAACCGGUUAAUCACAUCUUUGGAGUUUUGCUUGGAAUCCCCCCCAAAGUUCCUUGUAUUGUAUUUUUUUGGCGUGUUUGAAUGUGUACAAUUUCUGAAGAAGAUGGUGUGUUUUGGCAUUGAAAAUUGGCUUC